GACAACAUGGAGGACAAGAUGGCUGACAGUAUUGAUGUGAUGAUGAGUGUCCUCUUUGAGUUCAUUAAUGAACUGAGUUAUGAAUUAGAUCAACUGUCUCUUGAUUCUGCUUGCAGUUUAUUUCAGUCCUUCAUUAAAGUAUUUUUUAAUCAAGUCUGUUUAACUCACAAGUCGUCUUACGUUCAAUUUUUAAUAUUUAAAAUGACAAGUUUUGAUAAAAGUUUUUCUGAAUACUUUCUAGCACAGUUAUGGGAAAAUUUUCAGAAUGUCCAUUCACCAGGUUUAUUAAGACAAGUCCUCUCCUGCUACUUAUCAAGCUACAUAUCAAGAGCACAGUUCAUACCUUUAAAGUAAUAAUAAUAAAUUAAUAAAAAUAAUGAUAAAAUAAUA